AUCUAGAUCUACCUCUUUGUGAAGAUUAUUUAACUUUUUUGAUGACAUGCUUUAGAGCAGAAGUUCAAUUUACUUUUAGAUUAUUAUCCACAACAAACAGUAAAAGUAAAGUUUCAGAGUUAAUAAAAAGAGCUGUUACUAUCAUGGUUCGGAGUAAGAAAAAGGAAAAUGAUAACAAAAAAAUAACAACAAAUGUCAGCUUAUUAGAUGGAAGCAACAGCGUUCAUGCAUUUUCCGAACCAGAAGUCACAAGCUUAAGACAAUCUUUACUGUCGUGGUAUGACACAAAUAAAAGAGAUCUACCAUGGAGACAGAUAUCUACCAAAGACAUAAAUCAAAAGGCGUAUGCAGUGUGGGUGUCAGAGAUCAUGCUGCAACAAACACAAGUCGCGACUGUAAUCAACUAUUAUAAUAAAUGGAUGCAGAAGUGGCCAACAUUACAAGAUCUUGCAGUAUCCAAUAUAGAGGAAGUAAACGUGUUAUGGUCAGGUUUAGGCUAUUAUUCAAGAGGGAGGCGUCUAUUUGAAGGUGCUCAAAAGGUUGUCAAUGAGCUGUCAGGUGAGAUGCCAAAAAAGGCUGCAGACUUGCAAAAAAUUCUCCCUGGGGUUGGGCCCUACACAGCUGGAGCUAUUGCAUCUAUUGCCUUAGGGGAGGUAACAGGACUUGUAGAUGGAAAUGUGAUCCGUGUUUUGUCCCGUCUUAGGUCUAUUGGAGCCAGUGUAAACAUACAAGAAGUAUUAGACACAAUAUGGUCUUUAGCCAAUCAGAUUGUUGAUCCUCAGAGACCAGGCGAUUUCAACCAAUCAUUGAUGGAGAUUGGAGCAACAGUUUGCACACCAAAAGCGCCAUCUUGUGGGCAGUGUCCAGUAAAGGGAAUCUGUAGAGCUUAUGCCAUGGUAGAGAAAGAUAGAAGUGAAUCUGCAAAAAAGUUAUGUGUACCAUCCCAAGAUCAAGAGAAAAAAGUGAAUCUUGUGGAUAUUGAAUGCUUAAUACCAGAUUGUAAGCUGUGCCUCCCAUCUGACCAACCUUGGGAUAGAGAACUAGGUGUGCAAAACUUCCCUAGAAAGCCAAAGAAAGCUUCAGCCAAACAGGAAGAGAUCAAUGUUCUUGUUGCAGCCCUGACUAAAAAAGAUAACCACCAUUUUAUGGUUUGUCAAAGACCACAGAAAGGUCUCCUAGCUGGUAUGUGGGAGUUCCCAUCAUGCAGUGGGCAGAACUCUAUAAGUGAAAUAUCAGAAGCUUUCAGCAAAAAAUAUAACUUGAAAGACACAAUCCUUCAGGAACUGAAACCAGUUGGUGAGGUGAUGCAUAUGUUUUCUCACGUUCACCACCUGUAUAAAAUCUGGGCUGUGGAUGUUGACGAGUCUGUUGAAGCGACAUUAUCCACCUGUGAACUUUUCCCCACAAAAUGGCUCACAGAGCACCAGAUCAAAGAAGCAGCCUUGUCCACAGGGAUGAGAAAGGUUUUUAAAAUUUUCCAAAGUUUUUCCCAAGAGCCUAAAACAAAGCAAAAGCGAAAAAGAAAUCCAUCAGAUGAGGUAGUGUUGAAAGACCCUAAGAAAAAACAGAGCUCUAUUUCACACUUCUUCCAGAAGAAACAAGUUUAGUUGGACUAGUGUUGAUGAGUGUGUGAGGAUUACAGUUAA